AUGGGUGGCAAGAGCGUGGCGCUGUCCAAGUACACUGGCCGCGUCACGGUACUCGUCAACACAGCCUCCCUCUGCAGCUUCGCCGCCUCGAAUCUGGAGAAACUCAUACACAUCCAGGCGUCGUACGGACCACGUGGCGUCACCGUCCUCGCGUUCCCGUGCACACAGUUCGCCAACCAGGAGCCGAAGACGGACGAGGCGGUUGCGGCGUGGGCGCGGGAGUGGGGAGUCAACUUCGACAUGUUCGACAAGGUAAAGGUGCGGGGCGGAGACGCGCAUCCGCUGUUUCACAUGCUGCAAGACUCACUCGGCCCAAUCCGGUGGAACUACACGAAGUUCGUGUGCGAUCGCGACGGCAUUCCGCGGGUAAAGCUUGCACCGAGCUGUCCUCGCGAGGAGCUGGAGCGCUCUAUCGAGCAGCUGCUGCGCUAG